AUGGCGACGUCUCGCGUGCUCUGUUUCGACCCUGAGGGGCGUGCGAUCGACUUUAGUACCUGGCUGACGCAGGCCCAGCGCCACCUUAGGAGCCAGCGCCAGGAUGGCGUGCACCUGUUUGCGCAUGCGUCCGGUGCUCUGCCCGCCCCGCCGCAGCCUUCACCGCUGCCCACUUCCCCACCGCCUACUUCCGAGCAGGAGGCUGAGUACCAGCGCCGGUUCCUCGCUCGUGACGUGUGGGAGUCUCGUGACGCUGCUGCCUGCCUCGCCCUGACCGACCUUCUCCCGCCAACUGAGGCUGUCCACUUCACUCAGGUCGAGUCUGCUGCAGACCUUUACACUGCUAUUGUUGCUCGCUACUCCACUCCCUCCUCUGCCUCCCUCAGCCGCCUCCUCGUCCCCUUUAUCUACCCUGACCUCGCCUCCUUUGAGACUAGUAACCUCCUCGCUGUUGCCUCCGCCUCUUCCGCGCCUCCUCCUCGUCUCUUUGAGGGGUGUGCGGUACCACAGCUUCCCACCUUCACUGCCUCGCUUGCCACUGCCGCGUCUUCUGCCUCUGAGGAGACGGCGGCCGUUUCUGUCUCUGGCGGACAGAAACGUGGCAAGUCCGGCAAGAAGGGAGGGAAGGGCGGCGGGGGUGUUGCGGGUGGCGGCGGUGGCGGUAGUACUAGUGGCGGGGGUGGCGGCGGGGGUGACUCGGGACCUGACGGCUCUCCUCUAGCCGGUGGUGAGGGGUUUUUCGCAGCAGCAGCAGCAGCAGACUCCUCCGCAGCUGCCACCGCCUGGACAGCAGCAGCGGCAGGGACAGCAGCAGCAGCGCCAGGGCCAACAGCAGUGUUCGCCUCAGCAGCAGCUCCAGCAGUGGGGCACUCUGCAGCAGUGGGGCACUCAGCAGGAGUGGGGCCCUUCGCAGCAGUGGGCCCCCCCGCAGCAGUGGAGACCUACGGGCCCCCCGAGCACUGGGCGCAGGGCACGUACUGCGGCCGCCCCUACCACUCUGCUGCACGCUGCUUCAGCCGUCUUGACGACCUGUACGUCCUGCACCACGGUCCCUCCGCUCCCCCGCCACCGCGCUGGGGACCACUCCUUGCUCGUGGUGUUGCUGUGUUUGAUAUGUCUAUGGAUGAUGCUAGACAGCACGUCGGGGUCUGGUUUGAGCCUUCGGGUGACACUGCAGUCUGUGUGGACGGUGACACGUACGCCCCUCUGGCCACUUUUCGUCAGGAGCCGGGCUCUGGUCUGUACACCCUCCACACCGACACCCGUCCGGUUCCCCCGUCCCACCAGGUAGCCAGGUCCAGUCAGGUAGCUGUGCCAGGUCUAGUGGCUGCGUCGUGCUCGAGUCGGUCGCUGUCCCACCCUGCCCUCCUCUGGCACCACCGCCUUGGUCACCCGUCCCUCUCUCGUCUCCGCGCUAUGUCCAGUCAGCGUCUUGUCUUUGGCCUUCCCCGCGACCUCCCGCCGCUCCCGCCGUCCCCCGCUCCUCCGUGCGGUCCUUGUGUCCAGGGUCGGCUGCGCGCCACUCCUCACUCCUCCUCCCUUCGUCCAGCCUCCGAGCCCUUUGAGACACUCCACUUAGACGUCUGGGGCCCUGCUCCCCGGCUUGGACCUGAGCGAGAGAGCUUCUUCCUAGUGGUCGUUGACGACUACUCUCGGUACACCACCGUGUUCCCUUUGGCGAAGAAGUCCGACGUGACUUCUACGCUGAUCCGGUGGCUGCUCGCCACCGAGAGUACUCGUCGUCGUCGUGUCAGUUGUCUCCACUCCGACCGUGGGGGUGAGUUUCGCUCCGGCAUUCUCGCCAGAUUCUGUGCUGAGCAGGGCAUCACCCAGUCCUGGACUCUUCCAGACUCUCCACAGCAGAAUGGGGUUGCUGAGCGCCGGCUAGGCCUGGUCAUGGAGAUUGCCCGCACCUCCAUGAUCCACGCCCGCGCGCCCCAUUUUCUGUGGCCCUACGCGGCUCGGUACGCCGCUCACCAGCUGAACCUCUGGCCUCGCGUCUCUAGGCCAAAGGCUUCACCGACAAGUCUUUGGACAGGGUCCCCUAGUGUUGCGUCGAGGUUUAGUGUCUGGGGCUGCUUGGCGCUUGUCCGCGACACCUCUGCGGACAAGCUCUCACCUCGCGGCGUCCCCUGUGUCUUCCUUGGUUUCCGUGAGGCCUCCUCUGACUUCACCUUUUACCACCCUCCCUCCCACCGGUUCUUUGACUCUCGUGACGUCAGUUUCGACGAGUCCGUCCCCUACUACGUCCGGUACCCCUGUCAAGGUCUCCCGGUUCCCCCCCCUCCCCUCUUCCUCGCCCCAGCUCCUCCUCCUCCCGCUCCCUCUCCUCCGGUACCCCCCCCGGUUCCCGCUCCUCGUCCUCACAGCCUCCGCAGCAGCCGUCGGCGCUUCCUCUCCCGACUACUACGGACUCUGAGGGUGUUGGUGCUCGAGGUGAGGGCUCUGGCGGUGCCGGUUCUGGGGGUGUUGGAGUUGGAGCUGAGUUUGCACCUGCCGCAGCUGCACGUCCCGAGCGUGUUGGAGUCGGUGGUGGUGCUGGAGCUGGUGGUGUUUCUGGAGCUGGAGAGUCUGGGGCUGGUGCUGGUGCCACUGGCGGCGCCACGACUGGGGGUGCGGGUACACCUCCUACAGGUACUGGUCGUGCUGCCGCAGAGGGUCCUCGCUCUGGGGGUGCUCAGCUGGGUCCUGUCGAGGGUGGAGCCGGUUCUUCUUCGUCGUCUCCUGACACCACUCCUCCUCCUCACCCCUACCCGACUCGUUACCAUGCCCUUCGUCUUCUAG